GUUGUUUUUCGAAGUUCCAUCUUGAAUCCUAGCACUGAGACCGCGCCUCUGGGCACGGGAUCGCAACCACUACCACCCUCUACUCAAACGUCAACGACCUCAAUGUUCGAUAUGCAGCCGAAACUCACCACUCCCCUCCAGCCAAAAUCAACAACACCACUAACCCCUGCAUCCUCAUCCCCUAUCAACAAUGGCACUCCAGCUAAUGACACCAUCGCCAUCGUCGGCUUCUCACUCCGCCUACCCGGCGAUGCCACUUCUACUGAUGCAUUCUGGAAGAUGCUCAUGGAGGGCCGAACAACAGAUUCUGAAUUCCCGACGGACAGAAUAUCACAUAAAGCGCAUCACUGUACAGAUCCAAGUGUGAUGGGCACAAUCCGUUCCCAGCACGGAAGUUUCCUUCAAGACGACAUAGCUGCUUUUGACUCACAGUUCUUUGGAUAUUCAGAACAAGAGGUCAUGGCGAUGGAUCCGCAGCAGAGGAUACUGUUGGAGACAACAUAUCAUGCACUCGAAAACGCUGGUAUGCCUCUCGAUAGAGUUUACGGAACCGACACUUCCGUCCACACUGGUUGCUUUAGUGCAGACUACCUCCUCAUGACUGGCAAAGAUCCCGAACUCAUGCCCAAAUACAGCGGCACCGGUGUUGCGGCAGCAAUGCUUUCAAAUCGCAUAAGUUCUUUCUUCAAUUUUCGGGGCCCGAGUCUAACGAUAGAUACGGCGUGUUCGAGUAGUCUUGUUGCGCUUGAUCAGUCUUGUCAGUCUCUGAAACUAGGCUCGAGCUCUAUGGGGGUCGUGGCAGGCUGCAAUCUCAUAUUCUCACUUGACACAACAAUUGGUCUCUCAAACCUGGGUUUCCUCUCCCCACAGGGCGUAAGUUCCAGCUUCGACUACAAAGCCGACGGAUACGGUCGCGGCGAAGGCUUUGGCGUCGUAAUAUUGAAGCGACUGGCAGACGCUGUGAGAGACGGAGAUACCGUCAGAGCUGUCAUUAGGGGAACUGGAACUAAUCAAGACGGUGACACGCCGCUUGCGCAACCAAGUAGAGAGGCGCAGGCGCGAUUGAUUAAGAGUGUUUAUGAGAAAGCGGAACUGGAUCCGGCUGAGACGCGAUAUGUUGAAGCACACGGCACUGGAACCGCUGUAGGCGAUCCUUUAGAAGCGACAGCAAUCGGGCUCUCAUUCGCUUCGAAAAGACCCGCAAACGAAGGCGUAUAUGUUUCCUCACUCAAAGCCAACUUUGGGCAUUUGGAAGGCGCAGCAGGAAUAGCCGGACUGAUCAAAACCGUCCUCGUUCUGGAGUACGGAAUGAUACCACCACUGGCACGACUAGAGAAAGUGAACCCGAAUAUCGAUGUAGAGUUUCUCAAGAUCCAAUUUCCGACAGAACCUAAGCCGUGGCCUGAAGAUGGGGUACGGCGUGCAUCAGUGAACUCGUUUGGGUUUGGUGGUACAAAUGCGCAUGCUAUUGUGGAAGAUGCAUACCACUAUAUGCAGAAACUUGGGAUCGAGGGGAAACAUCGCACAAGAAUUUCCCGUCUUGGACAAGACACUACAUCCAGCGAUAAUUCUGGGAAAGACAAUGUAAUUGCGAGCCCCACGGAGAGUGGGCCGUCAAAGCCACAAGUGCUUGUGUUCUCUGCACACGAAGAGUGGAGUUUAACGGAGAAUAUGGAGAAUCUAAAGUCUUCUGAAGGGUUUCAACAACAACAAGAAUUCUUCGAUAAACGAAACGCACUUCCUUCGUUAGCACACAAUCUGCUUACAAAAAGAUCACUGCUUCCCUGGAGAAGCUUCGCUGUCGUCGAUUCGAAUCAACAUCUGAAAAAUCUCUCAGUUUCCAAGCCUAUUCUGUCGCUGCCCAGGAACCAGCUCUCACUUGCUUUUGUAUUCACUGGCCAGGGUGCCCAGUGGUGCAGAAUGGGCAAAGAACUCUUUGCAUAUGAAACCUUUCGCCAAAGCGUCGCGGGCGCGACUUUAUACCUAAACGAGCAGGGCUGUGAUCUGGAGCUAGAAGCCGCUUUGACAGGAACUCUCGAGAGUAUCAAUCAGCUGGACAGUCCCGAUUUCGCACAACCUGCAUGCACCAUCAUACAAACAGCUCUAAUUGAUCUCUUAGCCUCCGUUAAUGUCCACCCAUCGGUCGUUGUGGGUCACUCUUCUGGCGAGAUCGCUGCUGCAUAUGCAGCAAGGGCAAUCUCACGAGAGAAUGCUUGGAAGCUGGCAUGGCUUAGGGGAAAGUACUCAAAAGAGGUGGCCUUGAAUCCAGAUACUCACGGUGCGAUGGUCGCCGUUGGAUUGUCGGCGGAACAAGCACACGACUACAUAUAUUCGACCCAUGCGGCGCUUGGGCCGGGAACUCUGACUGUUGCUUGUGUCAAUAGCCCUACCAAUGUCACUGUUUCGGGGAACAAACCCCUUGUCGAAGCGCUCACACACAGAGUCCAACGGGAUGGCCAUUUCGCGAGGCUACUCAAAGUUCCUGUUGCAUACCACAGCGGUCAUAUGCAUCAGAUCGCGGACUUGUAUUGCGACGCCAUUGGAUCAUUGGACCCACAAGUGUCCACCUCUUCAAGAUAUGUUAACAUGGUAUCCUCUGUCACUGGUCGCCCGAUAUCCCACGCUGAGCUUCGCGACCCAUCAUACUGGGUGCGCAAUCUCACAUCUGAAGUCAAGUUCCAACACGCUAUGAGUCACAUCUUCUCCACACCAGCACAAAGAAAAGUCAAGAAGCUCAACCUCUCUCAUCGCGAAGUCAUCUGGGCUACCGAUAUACUGGAGAUUGGACCGCACAGCGCUUUAGCCGGACCAAUUCGCGAUUGCCUCCGACCACUCCCACACACCAAAGAUGUCAAAUACUACUCCACACUAAUCCGGAAUCAAGACGGAGCCAAAUCCGUGUUGACGAGCGUUGCAAUGUUGCACUGUCGGGGGUACUCUCCCGACAUCGUCCAACUGAACGACUUCCUUGAAGAAGAUCUCACACCCAUUCCCGACCUCCCUCCCUAUCAAUUCAAUCACAGUAAAACUUUUUGGCACGAGCCGCGACUAAGUAAAACUCUCCGCUUCCGACAGCACGGAAGAGAUCCCUUCGUGGGUACCCCGUCCGCAGACUGGAACCCCUCAGACGCGCGCUGGCGACACUUCCUCAGACUCGAAGAAGCACCCUGGAUUGGUGACCACGUGAUCAAUGGCAGCAUCAUCUACCCUGCGGCGGGUAUGCUGACUAUGGCUAUCAACGCCGCACUACAGCUAUGCAAUGACGAUGGGGUGAACGUUGCUGCAUUUGAGUUAUCCGACAUUGCGUUUCAUUCAGGUCUUGAUCUUUCUGACAACUCGGAGGUUGAGGUCCAAAUGCACCUUGUGCGGCAAGAUAGUGGCGGAAAUAGUGCAGCGCCAAGUUUCCUUUGGGCGCUACGGGCGUAUCGCGAAAAGUGGAGCGAGAUAUCUCGAGGCAAGAUCAGAAUUAUCCCAGCGGUGGAUGGAGGGAACGCUGUAGAUGGAAGCACCGAACAAGAGCAUUUGCGUGUGCGAAGCAAGGGAGUAUUUGACACUAUAUGCGCACAUCCGAUGAAGCCUAUUCAGGGUGAGGUACUCUACGAUCGUCUGCGAGAUUGCGGAUACCACUUUGGGCUGAGUUUCAAACGAAUUCAGAGCGCAAGACAGGCCAGUGGCAAAGCAUGGGCGGAGGUCAACAUACUCAAGUCACCCAGUACAGAAACGCCAGCAAUCAUUCAUCCAGCAACACUUGAUGGCAUUCUGCAGAUCUUACUUCCAGGAGCGACUGAGCAUGGUAAAGAAUCACGUCUAAGAACAUCAGUGCCGACAAGGAUCAAUCGACUUUGGAUCUCUAAGAAUGGACUUGUUCAUGGAGAUGCGAACCCCAUUGAAGUUGCUGUUUCGAUGAAGCAAACAGGAUUCCGGAAUACCAGCGCUGACAUCGUCGCUUUCGCUGAGAAUGGUGAUCUGCGUGUCGUUGGUGACGGUAUUGAGACAACCGCCAUUACUGACAACACUGAAGACUCUACCGAAGGAACCGAUGCACAUAAUAGAGUGUGUUGGAAUAUCUUGCGGAAGCCGGACAUCGAUCUCUUCCAGACUCCCGCUGCUAUUGAGAAAUAUCUCACCAUAGACGCACCAAACGUCUCGCCUACUUCUGAAUACUUCCGGAACUUGGAUGUUGGGCUCUAUGCCUUCCUGUACAAAGCCAGUAUGCAGUUGGAAAAACUUCCUUCUCGGAGCUCUGCUGAACAUCUGGAAAACUACUUACACUGGAUGCAAUCCAAACUCAAUGACAACAACGACACUAUCGAUGAAGCAAAGUGUCUCAUAAAAGAAGAGAAUGCUUCACUGAUCGCCAAAGUCACAGAAGGUAUCGCGCAUCAACAUCCCGAACGUAGCCGCAUUCUCCUAGACACAGCCAACGAACUCGUAAAUAUCCUUCGAGGCAACACAGACCCACUGAACUUCCUCUUCACUGACACAAAAAUGACGGACUACUACAACGCCAUCCUGGAACAAGCCAACUUUGUGCACCCUCUCAUUCAGUGGCUUGAUCUUUACACUCACAAGAACCCCAACGCUUCGAUCCUGGAAGUCGGCGCAGGAACGGGUAGCUUAACAAAGCAUAUCAUGAAAUCGCUCGUAGUGCCGACCUGGAAGGGGUCAAGAGCAAAGUACAGCCAGUUCUGCUUCACUGAUGUCUCCCCUUCUUUCUUCGCGCAAGCUAAGGAAGAUUUCAGUGGGUGCCCGGGAAUGGAGUUCAAGACGCUAGAUCUAGAACAAGAUCCUAUGGAGCAAGGAUACGCGCCAGAAUCCUUCGAUAUAAUAUUCGCGUGUCUGGUAUUGCAUGCUACAUCUCCCCUCGAUCAGACACUGGCGCAUCUUCGGACGCUGUUGAAACCGGGUGGGAAGUUGAUUUUUGUUGAAAUUACAAAUACUGGGUCCCUUGAGGCGGGAUUUGUGUUUGGAUUACUACCUGGAUGGUGGACCUACAAAACUGGCGAUCCGGACCGCGAGGGGGGGUCAAGUCCUCUUUUAGAUGCGAAGGAGUGGGAUGCUGUUUUGGCGCGGAAUGGGUUCAGUGGUGCAGACCAUGUGUUGAAAGACAAUGAAGCUGAGAUGUAUUGGAAGACUUCAUUGCUCAUUUCAACGAGGGUGGACGGUCAGAAACCGGAAGAGGUGAAGAUGAGAGAGACUGCUGCGGUCAUAGUCACUGCAUCAGACGCAAACGAGGAGUAUGUUCGAAUGUGCGAAGGAGAACUUCGAAGUUUCUGGGCGAAGAUAUCUCGACAAGAACUUGCGACACUGGCUGCAGAGAAUUUCAGUGCCGACACACUUCUCGUGAUCAUCGAUGGGCCGAACAACAUCCUGCUAAAUGAGCUGGACGAGGAAUCUUUCACAGUUUUCCGGGAAGCUUUGACAAGAACAACGAACAUUUUGUGGAUUUCCCCAAGUCAUGGAAACGUUCCCAAUGUUAAUGCAGGAGCAGUGCAUGGCCUUGCACGGACAUUACAAUCGGAAGCCGCGACAUUAAAAUUCACUGUUUUCGAGGCCGACAUUGCGCAGCCAACAAUAUCUCAACAGGUCCACAUCAACAACGUCCUGAAAUCACUGCCCGGAAUCGGUCACGACGCAUGCACAGAAGACGAAAUCACAGAGAUUGGGGGAGUACUCUGCACGCCUCGUGUAGUCGAAGACGGUUCAACGAACGACCGCUUACAGCAUCAAGGCUCCCACAGUCAACACACUCAAGACAUCAAUUUCUCUACCAGCAGCCUACACCUCACGAUCAGGACACCUGGUCUGCUCGACACACUCACAUUUGAGCAGAAAGACGACAUCCCAUCCGAGCUAGGCCCACAAGAAGUACAAGUCCGCGUUAAAGCCAUCGGCGCAAACUUUAAAGACUGCCUCGUAACCCUCGGCCGCAUCCCCGAAACUAGUAUCGGUACUGAUUGCGCCGGCGUCGUCGAACGCGUCGGUUCAAAUUGCAGUACUGUUGUUCCCGGCGAUCACGUAGCAGUUCUUGCACACGACACGUACAGCAGCGUCCUCUGUUGCCAUGAAAACCUCGUUGUAAAGAUUUCCGAAUCCAUCAAUUUCACCGACGCAGCCAAACUCCCGACGAAUUUCGUUACUGCUUAUCAUUCCUUGAUUGAAGUUGGUCGACUUUGUCCCGGUGAAUCAGUGCUGAUACAUUCCGGAGCUGGUGGAACUGGGCAGGCUGCUGUCCAGAUCGCUCAGAUUUAUGGGGCUGAGGUGUUCGUUACGGUCGGCAGCAAGAGCAAGAAGGAUCUGCUAAUAAACGACUAUUCAAUUCCUGAGGACCACAUUUUCUACUCGCGCGAUCUUUCUUUCGCCGAGGGGAUUAAAGCCCGCACCGGCGGUCGCGGAGUCGAUCUCAUCCUAAACUCUCUUGCCAAAGACCAGUUGAAGGCUUCGUGGUCGUGUCUUGCACCGUACGGACGAUUCCUAGAGAUUGGGAAACAAGACUUACUUGCGAAUGAGAAUUUGCCUAUGCGGCAGUUCGCAAGGAACGUAUCUUUUGCGGCAAUAGAUGUCGCGGCGAUGAUAACGGAGCGCCCGCAUCUCAUUCAAAAGUCGUUGAGAGCCGUGAGGGACAUGUUAGAAGAGAAGAGGAUCAGGAUUGCGGCACCGAUGAAGAUAUUUGGGAUCAAUGAGGUUGAGAAUGCGCUGAGGCACCUUCAAGGUGGUACGAAUGCUGGUAGUGUGGCGAUUGAGGUCAAUGAUGAUGCAACUGUUCCGGUUCUGACCUCGUCGAUACGCAAAAACAUCUUCAAAAGCGAUGCUACCUACGUAAUUUCUGGUGGUCUAGGUGGCCAAGGCAGAAGUAUUGCGAAAUGGAUGUGUUCACACGGUGCUAAAAACCUGCUGCUACUUUCGAGAUCGGGAGGCCGAGACGGUGACGCGAAGACAUUCGUCUCUGAGUUGGCAGAGUCAGGGGUCAACAUUGCGACGCCGGCUUGCGAUGUUACCGACUCGGACGCCCUGGCGAAGGUGCUCGAUUAUGUAAAACUACGACUACCGCCGAUAAAGGGCUGCAUUCAAGCCUCGAUGGUUUUGAAGGAUACCCUCUUCAGCUCUAUGACGCACACCCACUGGAAAGCCGCGAUCGACCCAAAGGUUUCCGGUUCCUGGAAUCUUCACCACCUCCUACCCGCCAACCUCGACUUCUUCGUCAUGCUAUCGUCUAUUAGCGGUAUGGUCGGCUCGGCCGCUCAGUCCAACUACGCUGCCGGAAAUACUUAUCAAGAUGCUCUAGCUGCCUUCCGGGUCUCGAACGGGCUCAAAGCAGUCUCGCUGAAUCUGGGUGUAAUGAAGGACGAAGGGUAUCUAGUUGGUCGAGACGAGGUUAAGGAACAACUAUUGCAUAGGAAGAAACUGAUCGAGAUACCCCAAGAAGACCUCUUCAAUCUCUUGGAGCACUACUGCGAUCCAGACUUGGGUAUUGAACAGAUGCAGAGCCAGGUGCUCAUGGGAUUGUCGCUUCCUGCAGAUGUCCUCAGUCGUGGCGAGGACCUCGCGUUGUGGAUGGAGCGUCCGCUGUUCGCACAUUUGCACAAUGUGCCUUCUUCUUCCGCAUCUCACAAGAAGAAAGUUCAAAGCUCCGGACAGAAUACUCUAGCAAAGAUCGAUGCGACAAUGCCACACACAGAGGUCGCCACGCUGAUUACAAGUGCACUGCAGGAGAAGUUGGCGCGGGUUCUGUCUCGCUCACGCGAAGAUGUGGACACGACGAAGUCUAUAUCCGCGCAUGGGGUGGAUUCGCUUGUUGCGGUAGAGCUGCGGAACUGGUUCCUUAAAGUUGUGAAGGUGGAUGUUCCAAUUUUCGAGUUGUUAGGUGGAGGCGCAAUAGAUGCACUGGCGCGGAGUGUUGCGGAGAAAUUGGGGACGAUGGCUAAAUGAUGUAGCGGUGAACCUCUAGUAGUAUUUGUUGUUGUCGCAAAAAUAAGGCGUACUAGUGCUGUGGUUGACAUAGAGUGCACUAAUGCAACCAGAUUGUCUGCUUUUUAAUUGUUAUUAGUUACCUUACGAAGCCCACUGUUAAUUCUGUGUAUCGUAAAUCUCUUGAAAAGUUGCGAUUUAUUCCCUCCGAACUCUAUUAUAUCUGAGUUGGUAGUAAAUUCCUGCUUAUUACACAACACGUUGUGAGCACUUUAUCAUCUCCAGCAGCAUCGCCUCUUUUCGAAAUGGGGCACACAAUAUGGUUGAGUUAUGGUCGUUUUUAGAUUACAACAACUCAUGUCUCAUCGUAUCGUGUCUGUAAUCCUGGUGAACGAUGACGAGAAUAAGCAGUCAGAGUCCAGACCGUGUUGUCGGCUGCGCAAGGCACUCCACUUGGGCACUAGGAAUCCUACGUUGUCGCCGCUGUCAGCAGCAAAUAUUACAUCUUCAACACUGGCCUGAAAGGGAUCAGUCUCUCUGGCGUAGUUGAAUAUACCAGCUUCUUCAGCAUUCUUGUUCCGGCUUUCUACCAUAACGGUGGCCAGAAUGAUAGGCUGAAGCGGCGUUGGUGUCGCUGCCCAGAUGCGCUGAAUUCUUAGCCUCCUCUAGCCAGUGUCCUCCAGUUUCGCACCACAAUUAUGCAAAAUGGUCCAUUGGUAGCUCUAGCUCUACAAGCGACCAUAUUAUCUGUAAAAUCCUUGCGAAUAACUGCUCGAAUGUAACUAAAAGACUCCGACAGACAUGGCAACUGUCUGCUCAAUUCGAGUGAAACAAGAAAAGCAAAGAACGCAGCGGCUUCCUGAGCUUCAAUCUGGAUGAGAAGGUUUUUUAGGUGUGGUGAGAAAUGAUCGUGAGAGGAUUUUCUAUGCGGCAAACG